AUGAGAUCCUAUUCACUUGCUUGCACACCUGCCACCAUCCCCAUCCCCAUCCUGCUUGCACAGAUCGUCGUACAAAGCUUGACAGACAUGCCAGCACAUCCUCAUCUGGGCUACAUCAAUCCAGUGAUCGGGCACGACUUUGCCGAUCCUGGCGUGUUCUUCGACCGCGCCUCGCAGACCUGGUACGCAUUCGGCACCAACGGCAACGGCAAGAACAUUCAAUGCUCCUACACCAAGGACUUUUGCUGCUGGGAGCACCAUGAGCACGACUGUCUCCCCGGCCCGCUGCCCUCGUACCAGUCCGGCACUCCAGGCUUUCUCUGGGCUCCCGAGGUCAUCGAGGCCCCACAGGGAAGGGGUGGCUAUCUGAUGUAUGUGUCGUGCCAGGAUGCAAUUCACAAGAAACAGUGCAUCGGUGUCGCCUACUCGGAUCGCGAUCCAAAGGGCCCCUACCGUUGGAUCACCGACCGUCCUCUCAUCUCGAGGGUGUGUAUACAGCCCAACGACAGCAAACAGUGA